AUGUUGUUGUUUCUUUUUAUACUUCCUCUCUUUGCUGAAGACCCCGUUUUAUUUUGUUACAACAAAGACGCCUGUGAUGCAAGUAAAUGUGGAGAAUAUGCCUUUGUUGUUCCCAAUGAAUGUUACGCUAUUUCAAGUACCUCAUCGUUUAAAGUGACACUUACCGACGACACGCGACUGAAAGGGAAACAGACUUUCUACUCUGAUAAUGUCUGUACCACACAAGUUGGCACAGUAAACGCAGAGAUCACACGUACGCUUCCGACGGGGUAUAUAGCAACGAAGACUUAUGAUUAUAAGACAACUGGUACUACAACUCUUCAGACGUAUUACUAUGAAUACGUCGACGUACAGACUAAAUACGUCUUAACAACGCGUGGGAUAGUCGUUGAGAAUUAUAAUGGGGGGUGUGAAGCAAACGAUAUCAUUGCAGAGCUUCAAACACAAAUCACGUGCAAAGUCCAGUUCACCGAUUCCAAUGGAUUUCUAGCCACAUUUGAUUGCACUCCACUCGAUGAGAAUGCACUAGGCACUUAUGUCGAAGGAGACGCCAACGGCUUAUUCAAAACAUCAAACACUUCUGUCCCCAAAACAAACCCACCAACUGCAGAAAAGGCCGAAUUUGUGAUUGUCACCUCCACUGGAAGUGCUCAGAAGUUUGUCUGUGAAAACAAAUUGUGUCGUCUCCAACUUGAUGUCCCUGUUGUGAAAUAUAGUGAAGACAACGUGCUUGCCACAGCAAUUAAUGGAGAUGUAACACAGUAUUUCAUGUCAAAUUGUGUCAUGUCGAAAUCUGCUGUUCUCAUUGGGAAUGAUCUGCACUAUGUGAAAUACACAGACACCGACUGCACUGAUAUGGCAAGUGCGACAAUACUCACUUCAAUCUCUUCUUCAACUUGGAAACCUACUGGAAGUGAUUUGGAAUAUACCAUUAAACUGGUAGUACAUGUGGAUACCAGUGGGACUAUGUACUUCUCUGAAAGCGACAUAUCGUAUAUUAAAUAUACAGUCAACUUGUGUCAAAAGACUCAACCAACGGAAUCAAGGAAAUACACUCUUAUGGCAAAGGGAACGCCAGUCGACAAUGCUAUCUUGGUCGAGUUAACUUACACUAAUGAGAAGUGCGAGGGUGCUCUUUACACGACUUCUAAUGCUUUGAAAACGAAUAAGAAUUUCGUCGUACCAACAGACAAACAACUUCCGAUGUACAAGUUGAGUGAAGAGUCGUGCGGAUUGACUAACAUAGAACAAGCAAACACUGUGUCCUACGCGGUGAUGAAUAAAUGUGUCGAGAAGGCUCUUCAUGUCAUCGAAGAGUCUAAACUGACGAUGAAAAAAUUCACCGACGAGAAAUGCUCGACCGGGGGAGUCGUACAACAUCAGAUGGAUUGCGACAAAUGCUCCAACGACUUUUAUUACUUGAAAUGUGACUUGCCAGCACCAAUCAAUCCAAGUGACAAUUCACAGUUCAUUUGUGUCAUGGUGAUGACACUUUUCUUCAUCAUUUUGAUGUAA